CCGCGGUUAGCACUCCCCAGCGAGACGUGUAGUGACAUGGGUGCACUCAAAGUUCUCCUGCGGCUGCUUGUCAUUGGUGUCCUCGGGAGCGGAUUUUGCCAGAUCAUUGACUUGGGAGUGCAAGACUCGACAUCAUGCCGUUUCAAGGAGCAAGACAAAGUGACAGGGAGUGUUGGUGCAAGCUUCAGGGCUACCUGCGACCAAAGUUGCACGGAGACCGCAACCCAGAGAAAAAAUACGGUUUUUGGAACGGAUAUUUACCACCAGGACUCAGAACUGUGCGUGGCGGCCAUUCACGACGCGCGGCUGGCGCACCCGGCGCGGUGGACGGGGCCGGCUGCUGUCGCGCUGGCCGUCGUGCCACACGACGGGGACUUCGCGGAGAGCUUCCGAAGAGGCGUCCGAACGGCACAUAAGGAGCGAGACAGCACGAAAAGGGCCUUCGCCUUCACCAGUGCUAAGGUCAUCGAGCCCAUUCCUGACAUCACGGUGGUCCACGAAGGAUUUCGCUACAGGGAAGGACGCCCGACCAGCCUGGAAAUCUACGUCGGCGAUUCGGAGAAUACGGACAUCGAAAUCUUCAGUUCUUCCGGUGCUGUCAGUCGAAAAGCCCAGAUCACUGGAGCCGAUGGAAGUACAACCAGUGUCAAGUGGCUUAAAUUUGGACAAAAUUCAUCACCUGGGGCUUUGAUUAUUCGGCUAACAGGAACACUGUAUUCGGACGUCACAACCGUGCGAUAUGUUGAAAACCCGCUUGUCAAGCCUGAUAGAAACAUUUACCGAGCAAGUGUCGGUGAUCGCGUCGCUCUCACCGCAUAUCCCACCACGAAUGCAUUGGUGGCUUGGCAAAAAAAUGGAGUGAGUCUGAACUACACAGCAAAGAACUACAUCAUCGAUCGUGCGGAGGUGGCGGACGCCGGUCUGUACCAUGCUCAACACGGCGGAUCUACACAUGGAGCCGCGAUACUUAGGCUCAUUGUUCGCGGUUGCCCAACCGACCUCUUUGGCACUAACUGCGACAAGCGGUGCCCGUACUGCCUGCAUGGUGGGCAAUGUCAUGACGUAACUGGCGUGUGCGUAUGUCCAGCGGGAUUUCUCGGACCAAGAUGUGAGACAAGUUGUCCGGAAGCUCACUUUGGUCACAACUGUUCAUCGGAGUGUUCCGCAUCCAGCUGUGAGAGCUCGCUGCUCUGCGUUCCUGAUCCGUAUGGCUGCUCCUGUGCAUCUGGAUGGAAAGGAAUCGACUGCAAAGAAGUCUGCCCUCCUCAGAAUUACGGCCCAGACUGCUCGUCCUCAUGCGGGAGGUGCAAGGGAGAUGGCGGAUGCAACAGGUUCACCGGGGAGUGUAAAUAUGGCUGUGAGGACGACCGUUGGGAGCCACCACUCUGCUUGGAACUGUCACCCUGGUUCCGCGAUCCGCCGGAUGUGCGUCAUACCGGCUUCACAAGCCUGAGAGUCAGGCAAGCCGUGUGGAGCAGCGACUAUGACAACGGCUUAGGCUCCGGUCACUACAGCUACAGCAUUGAAUACCGGCUGAACGGCACCGCCCAUCAAUGGACACAACCAGCGACGAAACCGACGCAGAACGGCAACUUUGUAGCGUUCGUGCUAGACGGCUUGAAGGCCGGGAGCACGUACGAAGUGCGGAUCAUCAUUAAGGAUUUUCAGAGAAAUACAGCCAUGAGGGAUGAGGCAAAGGUUCCUUCCGUCGAAGCAACUACUAAGUGUGAAGGUCCUCUUGCCAUCGAGAAUGUGGAAGUACUUGUCAUCACGAGCUCCUCAGCCACCGUGGCCAUCUCGGCUGUUGAAAAUUUCAAGAAAGCAUGUGCGUACCAGUUCAACGUCUCAUCUACUCUGGGCUCUUCCGUCGAAUCCAGAACCAAAACGUCGGACACGAACGGAGGAGCAAGAGUGAAUCUGCCGGACUUGCUUCCGUUCAAAAACUACAGCAUCAAAGCGUUCGCCGUGAACCAGAAAGGUCGAGGACCUUCCAGGACCACCAAGUUCCAGACCGCAGAAGCUGCUCCUGGAAAGGUGACCGAAGUCCAAGCACGGAACAAAUCCGCAGUCGACUUUAACAUCACAUGGAAGGAUCCCGCAUCACCGAACGGAAUUAUAAGGGAAUACGCGGUUGAUAUAGUGCACAGGGAAUAUGCCGCGUGCGCUCAAGGGAAACGAGACAGACAAGAUCGUAUUUCGACAAGGACAGCUAACAAGUUCUUUCACGCCAGUCUCAUGCACCCUUUUUCCGCCUAUUCUGCCACGGUGAAGGCAUUCACGGUCGCAUUUGGUGACGAGACGAGGCAUGACUUCGUCACUGGGGUCCAGGCUCCAUCUGAAGGAGUGCUCUCCGUAGACGUUCUCGGACAACAAAGUGCCUUGACCGCAUCCUGGUCGUGGCCGGACUGCAGCCAUUGGAAUGACGACAAAGAACAUCUGAGGUUGGUCGUGGAAGCUGUCGGCAGCAGCCCAUGGAACAUGGGGUACUCCGAGGAAACUGUGCUUUCACAGAGCGACUCGCAGGUUGAAGGCCUGAUACCCUUCUCCAAGUAUUCCCUGCGACUGUAUCUGAGCAACAGCGCCGGAAGAUAUCCGAAACCUUAUGUCACCAACGUCACGACACUUGGAUCCGUCCCCGGAAAACCGGUCAAAGUGACUAUCACGCUGAAGACGGCCACAAGCAUCAACGUUGGAUGGGACCAACCGUCUCCCCCGCUAGCAGACAUCACCUCUUAUGUUAUCCGUUACCAACGCCAAGGAGCAUACGCAUGGACGAGCCAUGAUGCCAAGCGAGCCGAAGCCUGCCAAUCCACUGGUGGGCACGGACUGCAAUGUGACGUGAAAAUCCCCGGGCUGGAAGAGAAUGCCCACUACACUUUCCAGGUGUACGCUGUUAGUGUAGCCAACGGAGUGGGAGAACGCGUUGCCGUAAACGGUACCACGCAAGAAGGAAGGCCUGGACCUCCGCAAGACAUCAGGUAUCUGGAGCGCGGCACGACAUCAUUGAAACUUUCGUGGCGCAGUCCUAUUCAGAGAAACGGAAUCAUUCGUGGAUACCAGCUGAACAUUUCGCUCGCGGCUACUUCGUCAGAAGCGAACUCCGAUGCUGCCCCGUUUUUGCGCAGUUACAACAUAUCAACGGACAUGAAGGAAGUCGAUGCUGCGUACGUGCACGAGGAGCGCGAUCUGAACCAGGGCCGUCGGUACCUGGUGCGCGUGGCGGCGCGCACGUCUGUCGGCUACGGCAAUGCUAGCCAGCAGGAGCUGGAGACGUUGGUGGCACCGCCGCUGAUCAAGACCCGGCCGCAGCUGCGACCAGACCUCACCACUGACUCUACUGUUCACCUGAAGCUGACGCCGAUAGCGGACACCGGCGGGCCCAUCCCGGUCUACUUCGUGGUCGUGUCCAGCGACCCCGAUUUCGACGGCACGCCGCUGACUUCGCAGACAUCCACGCUGCCCAACGCUGACGAGGCUCGGGACCGCAAUCUCGACUACUACGUGGCUGCCGCUCUCGACGCGGAACACGUGACCCAAAACGGCACGUUUGUUGUGGGCGACGGUUCGCGCGACAACAGCACGGGCCGAGACUUCUACAACAAGCCUCUGGAAACGGGAGAAACCUACCGCAUCGGAGUGGCGGUGCUCUCAAAACUCUCGGAAGAGAACCAACGCCUCACUUUCCGUGGCAUUGGGGCUCCCGUCACUGUGCGAGCACCCACCGCUAUAGGGGCUAUCGUGGGCAUACUAUUCGCCGUACUGGUGGUCCUGAUAGUCGUCAUGGUCGCCUUCAUCCUGUACAGGAGAAGACAACUAUCAAAGUGGAAGAAUGAUGCUCCCCAACAAACGGCGGAGAACAUCCGCAUGCGUCCUGCGGUAGAGCCUUUGGCUCUUGACAUUUACAACCCUCCAGAAGGUCCUGAAGGCCCCCAGGGCGAGCAUAUCUACGAAAAUCUCAAGGCCAUGCAGAUCAACUUCAGUCGCAUUGCUCUGUCAGACUUGAUGGAAGCGGCCAGGAAUACUGCUCAGCUGAACGCCCAGAUCAUGAGCGUUUCGUCUGGACUGGCUCGACCCUGCGACUAUGGGCGACAGUUACCCAACAGAACCAAGAACAGAUACGCUAAUCUUAUUGCGUAUGACGACUCGCGUGUAAUCCUGGACAAGAUGCCUGAAGAUGACUAUUCCGACUAUAUCAACGCCAACUAUGUCGAUGGGUACGAACGGUCUGAAGCCUACAUCGCCACACAAGGUCCAAAGCUCGAGACAAUCUUCGACUUUUGGCGGAUGGUGUGGCAGAAACGGACGGAACGGAUUGUCAUGCUGACAAACCUGGUGGAGGGAGGCAAGAGGAAGUGCGACCAAUACUGGCCGGAAGAGGUGCCUCUCCAGCUGCCUGAGAUGGUCAUAAUUAGAGACAGCGAGCAGGUGUCAAACGAUUACACCAUCAGGACCUUCACGGUCGUGAAGGGCGACGCCAGAAGGACGGUCACGCAGCUCCACUACACCGCCUGGCCGGACCACAGCGUGCCCAUGUAUCCGUCCUCGCUGACCAAGUUCAUGCGGGAACUGGACGCCAUCCCUGAUGGGGGAUCGCCAACUGUCGUCCACUGCAGUGCCGGCGUCGGUCGGACCGGCACGGUGAUCCUGAUCGACGUCAUGCACCAGAUGGGCCGCCGCGAGCAGGCGGUGGACGUGUACUCGCACCUGGUGGUGAUGCGGCAGCAGCGCGCCAACCUGUGCGCCAACCAGCACCAGUACAAGCUGGUGCACCAGGUGCUGGUGCAGCUGCUGGUGGCGCCCGACACGGCUCUGCCGGCUACCCAGCUGGCCGUCCGACUGCCGCAGCUCAAGUCGGUGGCGGACGGGCCCUCCCAACUGGAGCAGCAGAUGACCUUUCUCGACACCAACCCGCCUGAGGUCUCUUUCUCCAGCGCGCUGGCUGAACAGCUGCAGGGCAAGAACCGCUCGCCGGAGAUUCUGCCAGAGGACAAGAGCCGGGUAUUCCUGCAAGGGAAUCUACAGGACAACUACAUAAAUGCGAUCUACGUUCAGGGUUUCAAGACGCCAGACGCCUUUAUUGCCACUGAAGCACCUCUGCCAGGAAGACGAGGCAAGAUCUGGCAAAUGGUCACCCAGAAACAAGUCCACACCAUUGUUGUGAUGAGUGAUCUGGAAAGCGAGGACAUGUUCUGGCCGGCCAUUGGAGAAGCAGUCACUUACGGCAACACAACGGUGAAGACUAAAAGUUCGUCCUUUUCCGGAAUGGUGGAGAUCAUCGUCAUUGUGUGGAAAACGUUCAACAAAGACGGGUCCAUGCCAUCGAAGGAGGUCCGUCUGUUCCGGCUGCCGGCUGGUGAGGUCCGCGACGACCUGCCUUCGCCCGGGACACUGGUUCAGCUGUACUCUACCUACGCCAGAGCUCGGCCCGAGAACCGAGGCCGACCCACGGUGGUGGUGUGCAGGACGGGUGUGACGCUGUGCGGCCUGUUCCUGGCCUGCGCAUUCGUGCUGGACCGGUUGGCGGAGGAGCAGGAGGUGGACGUGGUAAUGGCCGUCUCCGUCAUACGGCAGAGUCGUCCCCAGUUCAUCGCCAGUGUGAAACAGCUGGAGCUGUGCUACGACGUGGCCCUGGCCUGGCUGGAGGCCUUUGAAAUAUAUUCAAACUUCCAGUGAUGACUUCCGUGCUCACAUCGUGUGCUGCGACCGCCGCACAGCUCAGGCACUCCAUGCUAGGCUGGCCCGGUUGCUCCGUGGCUCAACAACCGCCUGGUGUUGCCGCAGACUGACCCGGGUAGGCGUGGCCGGCGGAUGGGUUCGAUCCUCCGGUACAGGUGGACUGCAGCCCAAAGUGCUCCUUUUCAUCUCUGCUCGUGAUUUUCCAGCAUGGACGCAGAGGGGUGCUGCAAGACCCUCCAAAGAGAAGCAGGGUGACGAGUGAUGUGUGUCUGCGCGCACAAGGGUACGGCGUGGCAAAGGCUAUCGGGCUGUCAUCGUCCGGUGUGCCGUUGUGUUUUGGAAGAGUUCUGUCAAUAGCAACAUGCUGCGUGUGUGCUUGUGCUUCUGCUGUAUAUAUGUGUACCUGUUUGACUUCCAAUAAUUGGCCUAAGACUGCCCGGUCAUCAUUUCGCCCUUUGUAGGCCAAGUUAGGUCGAGUUAGCGAGAUUGUUCUGUGAUGCGCUAUGCCUGGUCUCUGAAUCAUCGCUUAAUGUGUACGGGGCUUAUGUGCUUGAUGAAUGCAAACAACACGCUCAAACGGACGCAAGUCAUUGGACUGCUCUGAUUUCAUCAACAUGCUUAAUCAAGUUGUCAAUCGAUCGCUCCUACCGUCAUCCUCUUGAGCCUAGUUACGGCAUUGUAUGGACAUGUUGUUUUGCUAAGCUGUUGCUGUAUAUAGUGUUACUUUUGAUUACAUUUUUUACCACAUGUCGCGCUGGCAUGCUGUUAACAGCGUUUGAGUGAGCCAUGCUUUACUUGCUUCCACAAAAUACAUGAAUGAUAUCACACAGA